AACUGUUAUGCCAGCUCAAUCAAUCAUUCAAGCUAAUAUCCACAAGUAAUUUUCUUUUAACAGGACUAAUAUGAUACGAGAUGCAACAAAAAGUCUAGUCUAGUUCUUCAAGAACACAGAUGAAGCAUCCUAAAAACCCCGCCGGAGCACUCGCUCCGCUCCUGCCGGAAGUUGAGUCCUCGGAAAAACAAAUGAAAAAUGGUGCAUCAAUCUCAGGGGCAGUGUUCAACAUAUCAACAACCAUGAUUGGGGCUGGAAUUAUGUCAAUCCCAGCAGCAAUCAAGGUCCUGGGCAUCAUUCCUGGAUUCUUUUCAAUCCUUAUAGUUGCAUUUUUUGUAGAAGUUACAGUGGAAUUUAUGCUAAGAUACACACAAUCAGGCCAGGCUAGUACCUAUGCUGGCCUUAUGGGUGAGUCCUUCGGCAAAUUAGGAUCAAUUGGAGUGCAGAUUUGUGUCAUUUUAACCAAUCUUGGCUGCCUUAUCAUCUAUUUGAUUAUAAUUGGGGAUGUACUAUGUGGGAAUCAAUCCCACGAAACCAUACACAUAGGAAUUCUUCAAGAAUGGUUUGGUAGCCAUUGGUGGAAUUCACGAGCUUAUGCACUUCUCUUCUUGGUACUUUUUGUGAUGCUUCCAAUAGUCUUGUUGCCCCGUGUAGAUUCACUAAAGUACACUUCAGGAAUAUCUAUUCUACUUGCAUUAGUAUUUGUUGUCAUAUGUUCAGCUAUGGCAAUUUAUGAAAUGUUUGAAGGGAAGACUCAAAACCUUAGAUUAUUCCCAGAUUUUGCCAAUCAAGCUUCUGUAUUUGAUCUUUUCACCACAAUCCCAGUUGUCGUAACCAGUCUGGGAUUCCAUGUUAAUGUUCAUCCAAUAAGAGCAGAACUUGGAAAACCUUCUGAUAUGAAUUCAGCUGUCAGAAUUUCUCUAAUAAUUUGCAUAGCAAUUUACUUUUCUAUCGGUUUCUUUGGUUACUUGCUCUUUGGUGACUCAAUAAUGGCUGACAUUUUAGUGAAUUUUGAUCGGAAUUCUGAUACUUCAAUCGGAAAAUUACUUAAUGACACAGUCCGAUUGAGCUAUGCAGUACACUUAGCUCUUGUGUUUCCAAUAAUGAAUUUUUCUCUGAGAGCUAAUAUUGACGAACUACUCUUUCCCAAGAAGGGUGUAUUAGCCAUGGACACCAGAAGAUUUGUUUCUCUUACUUGUGUUUUAUUAGCAAUUACUUACAUAAUAGCAAUAGCAAUUCCAAAUAUUUGGUAUUUUUUUCAGUUCUUGGGAUCAACUACAAUUGUCUUCCUCUCAUUUAUUUUUCCAGGCUUCAUCAUUCUGAGGGAUGUUCAUGGGAUUUCUACAACAAGAGAUAGAGUUAUGGCAGUAUUAGUAAUUAUCUUGGCUGUUGUGACAAGUUUUAUUGCCAUAUGUACAAAUUUGUAUACUUCCAAGAACAAAAAAUGAUAUUUUUAAAAAAUAAAAAUAAAAAAUUAAUUUACAAUAUGUUUGGUUUUGUAAGAAAUGCUCAAUUUUCUUACCAACAUAAUUAUUGGAUUUAAAAUAA